GUAACAGCUGGUCGCUCCUGUCAAUCACCUGGGCGCGCAGCGCUCCCUGCGGCUCGUGAUUGGAGCAGAGGCCGGCGGGGCGGAGCUUGGCACCCGGAAGUGUCUCCGCGCUGGCUAUGGCGGGCUGUGUGCGGGACCCCUGCGGGCUCCUGUGUAUCCUGCUCACCUACCUGAGCCUGGGCUACGCCGACUACGUCGUCCUGCGGCACAUCCUGCUCCACAGCUUCUCCGGCAGCAUUUGGUGUCCGCUCCACGCGGUCGGCUUCAAUCUGGUGGUCUUCAUUAUGCUGGCCUGUCACACCCGCGCCGUCUUCUCAGACCCAGGAAUGGUCCCUUUACCGGAAACCGCCAUUGACUUUUCAGACUUGCGCUCCAGCACGCCGCGCAAAAGUGACCGGCAGGGUAACGAGGACUGGACCGUGUGCAACCGCUGCGAGACCUACCGCCCCCCGCGGGCUCACCACUGCCGCAUCUGUCACCGCUGUGUGCGGAGGAUGGACCACCACUGCCCCUGGAUAAAUAACUGUGUCGGGGAAUUAAACCAGAAAUAUUUUAUCCAGUUCCUGUUUUACACAGGGCUGACUAGUCUUUAUGCUAUGGGCUUAGUGCUGGCCACUUGGCUCCUGCCAUCCAAGAAGGGAUCAGUGGAGGAUGCAGAGAAGGCGGCCCCUGCUCACAGCCACGUCCAGAUAGUCCACUGCAUCCUCCUCCUCGUGGAGUCCCUGCUGUUCGGCCUCUUUGUCACGGUGAUCUUUUAUGAUCAGAUUGUGUCGAUCAUCACAGACGAGACGCCCAUCGAGCAGCUGAGGAACCGACUCCUGAAGGAUGCAAACAAAGAGGUCCUGCACAGCCGCAAACCAAAGAUGGCGCUGCUGAGGGAGGUGUUCGGCAGAGGGUAUAUGAUCUGCUGGCUCUUCCCAUGUAACACCCCCCCAUCUCCCGGGGGUCCGGCGUACACCUACCUUCCUGACUAUGACGUCUAGGUCUCUCUGGAUGGAGUGUACCCUUUCUCUACAUCUGAGGUUGUGUCCUGGGUUCUGUUGACCGGCGCCGCUGCUCUCCACACUUGGGGUUCAGAAGCUGCACUACGGAUCAUUGUUACAUGUGCUCUGCUGCCCUCCUGUGGUCAGUGUGCAGAAUGCACUGGUGACUUCUUUUAUGACCUCCUGCUGUGGAGUGGAUUUUCUACGUUUUCGGGCCUGACGGACGAUUACUCGCUCAUGCUUUCAUUCUGUAAUGACGACGCUCACCAGUAAGGGGCGCUCAUAUGCACUGGAUUUUUUCUUUUUUAUGUAUGUGUUACUUCAUUUUUCUAAAUGUCCUCUGUUCGGACACAUCUGUGGUCAGGUAGAGUCCAGGCGCCACCUUGUGGUUAUUACAGGUCGGUGCUCUGUGCCUCCUCUAUUCUUUACCCUGCAGCUCUGCUUUUUUUGCCCGUGAGGAGUAAAACAAUAAUUAUGAUCUGAGAGGAGGAGCCUUGUCAAGGGGGUGGGGCCUGGGCAUGAGUUCGUAUGGCAGUGCUAUAAUUAUACGAUGCCCUCCUUGAUGCCAGGCUGCUUGGCCGGGUGUUAUACUCUGUGGUCGCCUCUGUCCCCUUGGCUCUAACGGGUCAUUAGGACCCUCCCCCGGUCUGUUUCUCCGGGUUCAGCCUGCAGGGUCUGAUCUCUGCUGCCCCCUGCAGGCUCAGCGCUGUGGUGCAGUAUUCUCUGCAGUGGCCAGCAGAGGGCGCUCCUUGUGCACUUUCACAAUGCUGUAAGAUUAUCCCUUGUGAGAGCCACGUAACCCGUCUCCUGCGGGAUAGAUGAGGGGCAGGCCAGCCGCGCACUACAACUCCCACCCUCCUCUACCAACCACUACUGCACGUCCAAUAGUCGUCUCUAUAUGUUAUUUAUGAUUGAGGAGUUCAUUGUUAUGGGUGUGGCACCGGGCUCUUAUUGUGCCAGUGCCAUGUGGGGAAUGGCACCGCAUAGCAGAGCUGCUGCAGCGUUGUGACGAUGUGGCAGUGAGGUGUUAUCCCUUAUGUUACUGCAGUAUUACCAGCUUCUACACCAAAGUACCCCCAUCAUCCUCCUCGCUCGCUGUAAGAUAUAUUUAUUGCUGUCGUCUCUUUUUACACUGUACACCAGUAACGCCCCCACUGGAAUUUUUGGGGUGAUGUUAAAUAAAACCAAUGAUCGUCUCUG